CUGCUCUGAAUGUUUUCCAUAUUUGUUCAGACUCCUCCUCGGUUCAAAUACUGGGAACAACUCAGGCGGCACAACGCGAGGCUUUGGGGGGCAGAAAAACCCUCAUACACCCAUGGGCACACGCACAUGCAUGUGAGAAAGCAUGGGGAAGGAGAAGAAAGCCUGGCACAACACAUCCCUUAACAGCCAGAGCCAGACACCUGAAGGGGAGAAAAGCACCGACUCAAGCAAGACGCAGGAGCCAGCAAUGAAGAAGAAGAAGAAAAGCAAGGGGGAUCCCAAAGCUGGCCAGGAGGAGGAAUCCCACACAUGUUGUGGCUGCUGUUUCCCGCUGUUGUUUGCUUUGUUGCAGCUGGUAUUCGGCGUCUCUGUAACAGUGCUGGGCUUCCUUAUGGCAGGCAUCAGCUCUUCUCUGCUAGUCAGAGACACUCCAUAUUGGGCUGGGAUAAUUGUCUGCAUGGUGUCCUUAGUGGGGUUUGUUAUGCUUUGUAUUUCAUACCAACCUGAUGAGAAGACAUGUGUGCAGUUCACAGUAAAGCUGAUGUAUUUUCUGCUGAGUGCUGUGGGUCUGGUUGUCUGUGUUCUGGCAGUGGCUUUUGCUGCCCACCAUUACCUACAGAUCACAAGAUUUACCUGCGAUACCAUCCUCGAGUCCUGCCAAUGCAAGCUGGACAUGACAGACCCCCUCAGCAGGACCUUUGUCUACCAGGAUGCCGCUGACUGCAGCAGUGUCACCAGCAUGCUCAACCUGUACUUGCUUCUGCAGAUGGUUCUCAAUCUGAUCGCAGCUCUGGUGUGUCUGUCGGCAUGCUUUGUGAUGUGGAAACACAGAUACCAGGUCUUUUAUGUGGGCGUUCGAUUCUACCCUUUAACUGCUACCGAAGGCCAGCAACAGAAAGUAUAGGGUUUGGGCUGACAGGGGGCUGUAGCCAGAGAAUGGAAAAUGUCAGCAUACUGCCACUAUAGACACUGCACAUGGAUGAGUGUUUGUAAGGUUUUUUACAAGGAAAAACAUUCACACAGGUUAAAUUAAUAUAUUUUUCAUUCAUUUUAAGAGCAAUUUUUAUGGCUACUCCUGCAAAAGGUCCCUAGUUAGACUAUCUAGAGGUCACCCGAAGUCCUAAAAUGCAGCUGUACUAACACUCACAGAAGAGACUCUUUAGUAGCUAUAGACAAAAUGAAAGCUUAAAAAAAUCAUUGGGAACUCAUCUGCAGGGCUACAGCCAUUUAGACAUCAGGUCCAUCAGGUCCUUGCUGGUAGAGAUCUGUUCCUGCCUUCAGAGGAGCUGCACUGACUCCUACCAGAUGAAGAUCUGGUCCAAAUUGCUUUAUUAUAAUCAUGCCAAUCAUGCUUAGGGAAUAUAUUGUCUCUUGGAUGCAGUACGUAUAAUCCACACUAACCUGACGGGGAUUUACCAUAUGGAAAGGUGAUAAGGGAGGUCAAGACCUCUUCAAAUGCAGGCUGAGAUCAGCAGCAUAUGUGAAUAUGCUGAUGACUACCAUGUAAAGUACAUGUUUCAGAGCAACCAGUGAAGUUGGUUACCUAACCCAAUUACUAACAAACACCAUUUUCUGUGGAUUGACUGAUGGUGAUGGGGUGGGCCCUGCUUCAGACCCCUCAUUUCUGAUGAAUGAAUGCUCAGCGCUUUGUGAGAAAAGAUCAAUUCAAGAAACCUCGAUCUGAGCUCCUGAAAUGGAGGCCCCUAAAUCACUAGUCAUGUUGAAAACCCUGUUGACACUGCUAUAAUUGCAAGCUCCCAAACCUAGUGUCUGGUCAGUUCCACCAAUUAUACUCACAGCACAAAAGGCCAAGUGCAUUUUUGGUGUAACUCCUCUGAAGACAAUCAGCCUCACACACCAGCUGUGGAUUUGGGCCAACAGCCCUGAAAGAUAUAUCCCUGUAACAAUCAGGGUUUUUAAAAUGGGGUGGAGGGAGGGAAGCAAGAAGAGACUGCCAGUCUCCCAAAGAAAUCAUUUGUGAUAAUGAGGGCAAGAGAAUGAGGAUUUCUUAAAAAGCAGCAUAGAAUAACAAACUGUAUUCAAACAGCACUCUAAAAGCGUGGCUCUGAAAGUGCUUUACAGCCUUAUACCAGGAUGGGUAUGCUGGCUUGUCCCUUGGACAGUCAUCUCCACCUGUGCAGCAUGGGAACCCCAGAGGCAGGAACAGCUCUGAGUUGGCAGCACUUCUCCCGCCAGGUGGUAUCAGCAUAUGGGCAGGGCAGCCAGUGCUCACACCCUGCCAUGAGUAGGGAUUUCCCAGUCCUUGCCAGGACCAGGGUGUCUCUGAGGUAGGGUGGAGCAAUCAUAGGCCAGACAAACUGCACCACGAUCAUUAUAAGCAAGGAGGAAGCAAGCAGAAUUUUUACAAGGCUUCAAACAAGCAAAAACUUUCUGUUUCUUCUGGGAAAAAAAAAAAAAAAAGCACCAGUGAGU